AUGGCGAAGGCAGAGAACGGCUGCAAGGGAGAGCCAGCCUGGGCCUCAUGGACUAUUGAUCAAAGGUCAGUACGGACUCUUGAGCCGGGUUCUGUUGAGGAGCUUGGAACAAAUGGAAUCUCGAAGUGGAAAGUUGACGGCGCGGCUUCGUCCAAACUUGCGGCAGGGAUUCCCAACGCGGCAGAAUCCAAGGCCAAGAAAUCCGGAGGGCGGUGGGCGCAAGGCGGGCCCGCCGGACAUCCAGAGAUCGUUUUUCUCUUCAACAUCCCCCCAGCAUCUACCGUCGGUCAAAGGGGAUAUCCGCUGAACGAGGACUCGUACCUGGGAAACAGUGCUGCCAUGACUGCCUCUUUCGAACUCCAGACGGUUGCCGGCCGGCUGGCGACCUUCGAUGUCGCGCAUCACGGAAAAGCAGAGUCAACCACCUGGCCAUAUACCACCCCCUCGCCAGAUGAGCUUGCCCAUGCCGGAUUCCACUACACGCCAACCGCCCUCAGCCCCGACAAUACUACCUGUUUCCUCUGCGAACGAUCGCUCGAUGGCUGGGAAGAGGGCGAUGACCCUUUUGCAGAGCACUUGCGGUUUUCCCCCCAGUGUGGAUGGGCAAUUAUAAUGAAUAUAGCUCAACAGACCUCAGAUCCUGCGCAAAUUGAAGAUCCAACCGGCCCCGAAAUCGCAGAUGCUCGGAGAGCGACGUUCUUCUCCUGGCCACAUGACGGCAAGCGAGGAUGGGUUUGUAAGACGGAAAAGAUGGUUGAAGCAGGGUGGUACUUUUGCCCAAAUGAAGAGAGUGACGAUUUAGUCAGCUGCCCCUAUUGCAAGCUCUCCUUAGAUGGAUGGGAGCCGAAGGAUAAACCUUUUGAUGAGCACUAUCGACGUUCCUCAGAUUGCUCUUUCUUCGCAUUUGCAAAACAACCUAAAAAGGGUAGAGGCCCAGGUAAGGCAGGACGCGGCUCGAAAGCUUCACGUUUAUCCACGCAAUCCAACACCACAACUGCGUCGGAGGCGCCCACUGUUGAUUUUGACGAUGCUAUGGACCAAAGUAUGAUGUCACAGAGCGCAACUAGCACUUCAAAAGCAACAAAGAAAACGGCCAAGUCAAAAUCUCGAAGCUCUAAAUUGAAAAAAGAAGACGGGAUGGAUUUACCUAGCCAGCCAGACAUAGUUGAGAAGCUGGACAGAAAAGAGGAUUCGAUUUUAUACGAGAGCCCUUCCCGGGGCACAAAAAGAAAGAGCGAAGCAAUCAGUGGGAUAGGGUGGGAUAACCUGGACGAGGACAGCCGGCUCCAACCAGAACCGAAGCCCAAGAAAAAGCGUGUUACGGCAACGCGGACCAAAAAGGCCCAACGUACUACGGGUUCAACUGUCGAUUAUGCGGAGCCUACAGACGAUGAGCUUGGGUUGGAUGCCGCGCCACAGCCAAAGAGGGGACGUAAGAAAGGAAGCACCUCCAAAGGGCGAAAGGCGUCUACCGCCUCCAACGCCUCUACCGCUCCAUUGAAGUCUCAGAUUCCCAAUGAUGACGAGAUCGAUGCCGAGUUGGAGGCUGAUCUUGACAAAGACCUUCCAACGGAAUCUAUAACUAACAAAGCUGUUGAAAAGGCACCUGGUCGACCUCGCCAUUCAUCAACAGCUCCCACAGCACCUGUGCGCCGAAAAGUGAGCCCACAAGUUGAAGACUGCGAUGAACUUCCUAAACAGGAGACCCAAAAGAAACAUACAACGAAGAAGUCCACAAAGAAGAAGCAAAUUUCCACAUCGUCAGUCGACAAACUACCAGCGAGUGACCUUGAUCAACUUCCACAGCCUACCUCAGAGGCGGAUGUGGAGAUGGACGAGCCUGUCGUAUCAAUACCAAUACAGUCUCCAGAACUCAAAGCAGAGAGUAGGGAACCAGAUCCUGAGCCAAAAAAGGUGAAGCAAAGCAAGAAGACAAAAUCUACGACAAGUAGUACAAAAGGCCGAAAGAAAAAGGCGGACAGUGGCGACGUGAAGGAUAUUACUACGGCCGAAACGGCUGCUCCAGCUGAGGAUACAACAAUCGAUAGGGAGAAACCAGUGGCUCGAUUGUCUAAAGGACGGAAUAGUAGUAAAAACACGAGGGCAGGUGUGGACGAAGGGGACUCUAGCGCCCAGAAUCUCGACACUGACACCCAGUCUCAAAAGAAUGCCGGCCCAACGCGGGAGGCACCUAUUAUUCGCCGUCCCUCCAAGCAAGUCCGACAGGCAAGCCCUCCUACCGCUAAUCCCUCAACGCAGCUUUCGCCCCGUGACAAUACUCCCUCCCCAUCUCCUCAGUCCUCCGACGCAGAAAACCAGCCUCCUUCGAGUAGGCCAUCAACGAUGUCAAGGGCUCACCCUCACACGACUUCACAGCCAAUCAAGGUACCCCUGACCACAAAGACCCCUGUCUUGUCUCCUGCAAAGGGGGAAACACGCUCGAGACAGCUUGCAACAGCCGAUCCCUGGGAACCCGUUGACCUGGAUGAAGCAUUCCUUCCAGACCCCACAGGGAAAGAAAAUUUAUCUUUGAACGACAUUCUGCACGCUGCCAAGGACGGUGUUACUAGUCCUGAGAAGCGUAUGAAUAUUGAAGAGUGGAUAUUCUGGAAUGCAGAAAAGGGCGAGGAAAAACUGCGGGGUGAAUGUGAGAGGGUGGUCGGUGUCUUUGAAAGAGAAGGCGGACGUGCGAUGCAUGCAUUAGAUGGUAUCGAAUGCAUAGAUUAG